AUGUUUAGGUGGUGGUGCAGGUGGUGUAAUGUUAGUUUAGGUGGUGGACUUGGUGGAGGCAGCGGUGGAUGCCAGUUAGUUGCUGCGGUAAUGGAUCCAAACAUCACUACAAUCAGUCCUGUGAACAAGCUACAUCCUCGAGAUGAUGUAUUGGCAUCUGGUAGUUCAAGCGGUGGAUGCCAGUUAGUUGCUGCGGUAAUGGAUCCAAACAGCACUACAAUCAGUCCUAUGAACAAGCUACAUCCUCAUGAUGAUGUUUUGGCAUCUGGUAGUUCAAGAUCAAUUUUCAUAUGGAUGCCCAAGGAGAAGUUUGAGUCUGAACUACAAGGGGAUGAAAAUAGGAUUAUUCUUUGCGGAAAGGGUGAAAAGAAACGUAGACAGUCUGAUGAUGAAAGUGAUGAUUCAAUAUAUAGAUCCAAGGGUAAGAGUUUGAAGACCAAAAAAUCUAGUUUAAAAUCAUCUUCACAUGGCAGAGAGAAAAUGUUAAUAUAUAUUGGGAAUCAAAAUCUUUCAGAGUUGCACUUAUAG